UUUCAGCUGAGAGAGGGAGGGCUAUUGAUCAGAGAGGCUUAUCUCAGCGAUUGAUCCGCUCUCAUAAAUACAGGGAUGGUAGUCUCUGAGUGGGAAAUCUUUCAUCAGCACUGAGCCUGUAAGGUCAUAAUUAAGUUUUAGCAUCAACAUUUUGAUCUUCAGUCAGUCAUGGGAGUCGCCUACAGCGUUGGAGAGGUUGACCAUCUCUUCGCCUUCUUUGUAGAAUGGUCACCUAACAUGUACGGUAAAAGCAAGAAAAAACACUGCAAGUCUUGUAAUCACAAGAAAAAGAAAGAUCUCAGCGGUUAUCUGGUAGACAAAGACAUGGAUCCAGCAAACCAACCCAAAGCUGCAAAAAACUGGAAGUUGCCUAUUUUUCCAACCUGGUGUCCCAGAGCAAAGGGAACCCCAAGGUGCUGUUUAACACCAUCAGCAGUAUCGUCUCUCCUGCCUCUCCUACAGCCUCCAUCCACUCUGUUGCAGACUGAAAACUUUCUGUCUUUCUGGAUUGUGGACAAAGUCAGUAAGAUCAUAACGGUGAAGGACUCCAAGCGCCGCCUGAGUUUUUGUAGCUCAGUGGAAUCUGAGAAAGAGAACGAGGAAUACCAGGAGGAAGAUGAAGGAAUGCUCCCUGUUCUGAACCAACCGAGUCAGCUGCUGCAAGACCAUCACCUGCAAAAACUCGCUGCUCACAUGCCGGCACGGACUCAAGGAUAUCCGUGGAAUCUGGUCUACAGCACAGCCAUCCAUGGGAGCAGCCUGAAGACGCUUUACAGAAACAUGGCUGACCUGGACAGCCCUGUGCUGCUGGUCAUCAGAGACAUGCACAACAAGGUGUUUGGAGCUUUUUCCUCUGAUCCCUUCAAAGUCAGUCAGUAUUGUUACGGCACCGGAGAGACCUUCCUGUUCACCUUUCAGCCGGACUUCCAGCAUUACAGGUGGAGCGGAGAGAACUCCUACUUUGUGAGCGGCAACAUGGAAUCUCUGCACAUCGGUGCAGGAGGGGGCGGCUUUGCCCUGUGGCUGGAUGCUGAUCUGUACCAUGGAGCCAGCUUUUCCUGUCCUACUUUUAAUAAUCCGCCUCUUUCCACACAUCAAGACUUUAUCGUACAAGAUGUAGAGGUGUGGACGGUUCGAGGCUGAACCACGACACCAGGAACACGAGCUGUCCAAUCGUGAAGCAGAACACUGGAAGCAGUUAAGCCUCUGCUUGGUCCCGAUGGAGCGUUUGCUCCUGCAGACGACCCCACCUACUGGAGACAGUUUAAUGGACUGGUUCUCUGACUGGGAUUCCUGCUUGGUUGAACUGUGAGUGUUAAAGAUGUGUAGCUGCAUCAAGUCCUGAGCUUCAGGUUCCUGCUGAUCAGAACUUCUGACAGCUCAUUAAUGCCUCCGUGUCAUGAAGCCAGAAUGUAGCUGGUGGAUCUGAGGAGCACGCUGACACAAGGUUCGUCCAAGGACUUUGCUGGUUGAAAACUGCAGAUUUAAAAUGUUAUCUUUUAUUUUGGUGGAACAAAUAUCCGGGAUUGUUCCAUGGUUUUUAAACUACAUGAGACUUUUAUGGUUAAUGCCUUGUCUGGGUUUUUAGUUAGAUCUAAAAUCUGCAUCAGGUAGUGAAGGCAGGCCUAAUGUUACAUGUAGUUUUAUUAUAAACUGUUGACUGUAAUGUGAGAGGCAGGCGGUAGAGGUGACCACAAACUGCCUUCUGUGUUUUUCUCUGAGAUGGGCGUGUCUGUUAUAAAUGCUCAGAACAGUUUUAAUAGCUAUUUUUGAUAGUUUAUUUUAAAUUAAUAUUUAAAGUUUGUACUUUUUACAGAAUCUAACAAGAAAGCAAGCUAAUGUUGUAGGUCUGUUGUUGGCUGUGCUCACCUUUGGGAGUAAUUCUGAGUUGGUCAGACCGUGCUGGAGCGCUGCUAUCGUGGUUUUGUAAUACUACUGAAUAAAAAAAAAUUACUGACAAUC